AUGACUGCCGUCGCCAAUCCGCUAGCGUUCCCUCAAGUGUCGCGUUCAUCAUGGGGUACUAUUAAUGGGAAUAGCCCCGUGAACCCAGACGAAGUGCGAGGCAUGUUUGCUCCUCGCAAGAACCUCGCGCGGAGCAGUUCAUCAUCGUCAAUAUCCUCAGACUCCUCGAAUACGUCUGUUGCCACGAACGUCUCUCAAGCAAACGGCACCCCUCUGUCGAGCACAUCCGACAUCAGUCAAUGGUCGGCCAAUGGUCCGCAACGAAAACGGCCGCAACCUAAGAAUCCAUGGCCCACGGGCAAAGGAGACAUGUCGGCCGAAUUCUCUAGAGUAACUAACGGCCGACCUAAUGGUAUGCUGCCUCAUGGUAUCGUGCAGCAGUCGGCCGGCGUUGGUGGACAAUCCCAAAUGACACAGCAGGGAAUGAUGCGACCCGCCGGACCAGAGCAGCCCCAAGGAGGGCAGCCUUUUCUUUACCUGCUUUCCAUGAACGGCACAUUUGAACGCAAGACAAUUGCUGUACCUUUUGCUCCGGAGAGCUUGCGGAUAGGGCGUCAAACGAACCAGAAAACUCUACCGACACCCACCAACGGUUUUUUUGACAGCAAGGUCCUGUCGAGACAGCACGCUGAAAUUUACGCUGAGCGAAAUGGUAAAAUCUUCAUUCGCGAUGUAAAAUCUUCAAACGGCACAUUCGUGAAUGGCACACGUCUGUCCCAAGAGAAUCGGGAGUCGGAACCACACGAAUUGCAGACUGCCGACCACCUUGAACUCGGCAUUGAUAUCGUAAGCGAAGACCAAAAGACAGUCGUUCACCACAAAGUGUCAGCGAAAGUUGAGCACGCGGGAUUCAUGGCAGCCCCUAACAAUGUUCUGGAUAUGAGCUUCGGCGAUCUUGAUCCCGCCAAUGGAUCAAUGAUGAUGUCAUCUGGGCAAAUGCAGAUGCGAGGCCGACCAUCUAGCAACAAUCCUGGAGUAGGCCCUAAUGGGCGCAUGGUUCAGAAUGGAGCUGUACCAAAUCAACAACCUAAUGGCAUGAUGCAACAGCGACCGUUCUUCGUUCCCCCGAUUGCAACUGACCAGAUCAUGAAGCGUCUGGCUGCGGAGAUGCGGAACGCCAAGGUACAAGCGCAAGACUUGAGCCGGACAAAUCAAUUUGUCACGACUUUACUGUCAAAAGAAGACAUCAAGGAUCUUGAAAAGACCGAAGCUCAAGAGGCUCCGAAGCCUUCCCCAAUGGUCAAUGGUAACGGCAUUGGGUUGAGGACAGACGCAAAGACCCGUUUUUCCGAUCCUCCUGCGCCACCACCCCAGCAACCGCUGCCAGAGAAGCCUGAUGUACCUGGACUGAAACGCGCAGCUGGGGAGCGACCAAAAUCCGGUCACGCAAUAUCUUCACCGAUUCGGCAAGACAAUGUCAGCCAGAUUAUCCAGUUGACAGAAGCACUUAAUAAUGCUAAGCGAGACAUGGACACGCAGACGGCCAGAAUGCGCGAGCUUGAAGCAAUGCUGCAUAAAGAAAGAGAAGCGAGAGCUUUGGCUGAGGAACUGGCCAUGCGUCUCGAGGAAUCAGCCAAGACUCAAAUGAAUGGAUCUGCGGCAACGCUUGCAAACGAUGACGACGACACAGCGACAGAAAUUCUGGUCUUGGAAAGCACAAAUGAGAGUACUGAACCUUUACUGGAAGAAAGCGAAGCGCUUCAUGACGAAGCGGACGAGGUAGACAAUGCUCUGCAGACGCGCCUUAGCUCCAUGGAAGCGCAGGUAGAUGAGCUCCGAAAUCAGAUAGAACAGUGGAAAACAAGGUGCGAAGCUGCGGAGACUGAGCGAGAUAUCGGUCGGACAUCACUCGCCGAAAUGGUUACCAAGUUGCGAGAAGAAGAGGCUCGCAGAGUCGUGGCCGAAGAGAAAGCUUCAUCUGUUCGACUACAAGCGAUUGAAGACGAGAGUCACAUCGCAUCCGAAAAGGACAAACCACCCGCUGCUACCAGCUCUGCCGGAUCCAAUGAAGCUGAAAAUGAGAGCAUCAAGGGUGGUGCUUUGGCGCAACCAGAGGAGAACCCGACAAUCUCAAGAGCUAACACUAUCACGCCUCUGAACGCACAUAGAAGGGGUUCGCUGCAAGAUGACAGACUCUACAGCGGGCUACCAUAUGCGUCGAUGCUGGGCGUUGUCUUGAUUGGUAUGGGUAUGAUGGCAGUGAUCAACGGAUGGCAAUCACCUCCGCCGCGACUCGAGAGAUAG